AUGGACGAACCGUGGCAGCGCACCCUGGAGCACCUCGCAGGUGUUCAAGGUCUGAACAAGAGCGAAGUCCGCAAAGACGUGAAGGAAGUCGAGCAACUUCUGGACAACCAACGACUGCACGUCGAGAAGCAUCAACACGACAAGACGAAACCUGCAGCACCGUUCACCACUGAUGCGGACGAGGACGACGUGGCGCUGUCGAGACGUCGCCGCCAGCAGCAUUUGGCGAACCUGUACUUGAACAAGCCGAUGCCCAAGAAGAAGCGCAGUCGCGGCCGCGAGGUCAUGAGCGCAGAGGAAAUCAUCGAGACACUUCCCGUGUGCCGCCGAGCCGUGCGCUUAACCCGGACGGAGCUGGUGGCCGCGAAGAAGGAGCGGCUGAACAUGGAAGAUACGUACUUGAAGCUCCGCAGCAGCUUCAUCCACGAGUUGGAGUCGCUCGUGCAAGAGGACAAGGACCAGCAGCGCGUAAUGCUGCGAAUACGCAAAUCUGUCGGCAAGGCCGCGGCCAAGCUCAUGAGCAGCAAGCGGCGGCACACGGCGCUCCAAGACAUCCUCGUGGAGCUCGAGUCUCGCGGCGACGCGAUCGAAACGUUGCAGCGCCAAGUGUCUCGCUUGACCAAUCUGUUGGGGCAGCAUGAGAUCCCAUUGGAUUCGGUCGUGGUUGGGGACUUGGUGCGGUGGUCGAAUGGUGGAUCGGGCGGCGAAGUGGUGUCCGUGUCCAAGGACGCAGUGGAGGUGAAGAUGGAGAGCGGGGAAGUGGUGACUGUGGGUGUGGACGAGGCGCAGGUGGACGGGACCAUCAUGCGGAGUCUGUGGACCGACGACCAAGUAGCGAUGAAGGCCAAGUACUUUGAAAAGGCGGGCGAGUGGGUCUCUGCCGAAACUGCAUGGCGGGAGAUCCAGGACAGCGAAGAGGUCGAGGACGGCCACUGGGACAGCGACGAAGAAGAAGAAGAAGAUGACAAGGAAGGCAAGCGGAAACGAGACAAGGGGGCGGCCAAGCCGUUGAAGAAGCUCGUGCCGUUCAAAGCCACGACGCUGCCGUCGACGCCGUACGACGUGCCGCUUUUGAUCAGUCCAUUGAGUGAACUGCCGGACCAUGUGGCGGCGGCGGCGGCGGGGCUGUCGAAUGUGCAGUGGAUGGGGAGUGCGCUACCGGAUAACUUGGUGCAGUGGGAGGCCGAGCGCAUGGAGAGCCUGGCGAUGAAGGGCGAGAUCGAGCGCCUCAAGUUCCAGCUGCAGCAGGCCGAAGCGCAGAAGAAGGAUGCGCAGAACCACGUGAAUGUGCAGCUGGAGAGCAUCAACAAGCUCGUGUCGCAGUUGGAGAAGCAGCGGGAGGCGACGGCGGCGCUGCUGCUGGUCAACAACACACCGCCGACGACGACGAUCGUGGCCAAGGACGUCAAAGCCAAGAAGCAACCCGCGGCCUCGACGGACAAGAAGAAGAAGGAGAGAAAGGACAGCAUCUCCGAGUCGGCGCCGGGGUCCCCGUUGAAGGACGCAGACAUGAGCGGGGUUGAGGAAGACACGGCUGAAGAGGAAGACAAGGGAGUGGAAACGACGCGGCGGUCGCUUCGGUCGUCCAAGGCGCCCGCGCCGUCGCCGGCCAAGCAGCCGUCGCCGUCCGCUGCCGACGAAAAGGGAGCAGCAGCUUCCACUGCCCAUACGAAUAACAAUCGACGAAAGAAAGACACGAGCGAGAAGAAGGAAGAGGCCGAGGCGGACAAGAACAACGGCGCCAAGCCGACGACGCGCCGCAAGUCGAGCCGGUCCAAGGCCACCCCCAAGUCCCCGACAAACAAGACCGCCGACGCCGACGCCGCCUCGGACGCAGAAGAAGAGCCGGUGGCCAAGCGGCGCACGCGAGCGUAG